AGCAACAACGAUAAAAAAAGAAAUAAAUAAAAUAAAAAUAAAACAACAGACGUCGGACAAUUAUAAGUUUUUAUUUUUAACUUUUAUUUGCGCCACCCUCCGUUUUCGCCUUCCUUCCGCCAUCCCCGGACUUUGUUUAUAUUUACAAAUAUCAAUUUGAUUUGCCUUACAAAUAUAAAUAAAUACGACGAGCGGCGUUAUAGAUAGAACAGGCAAACGAGCAAACAAACAAAUAAAAAAGCAAGCAAACAAGCUUGGAAAAAAGCACAGGCGUACGGCAAACAUAACACGGCAAACACAUAUCACUGACUGCAUUUUCCGUGAACUCCGAACAAAGCCCCGAAAGUUGUUGUACUUUUGGAGAUCCCUUUCGCCGAUUUCGAGCAACAAUUCAAUUAGCAUCUGAAUAUCGCCAGAAGUGUGUGUUUUGUGUGCGGAAACAUUUGUGCAAACACUUCUCAAGGAACACGGACGCAGAGAGAUCAUCUCCACACACAAAAGUUCGAAACAAAGUCGGUUUCCUAUUGAUUGACCAGAGCAUCAGCGUAUUUUUCGAGAACAUUUUUAGUGACCAAAGCUCUGCUUAAAAGAGAUUCACUUACCUGAGGACAAUUUAUAUAUAUGGAAACCCAAUUAUAUAACGUAGUAUAUACACACACCUCAAUAUACAAGGAGAAUUUGCCGUUUUGACAAGCCGUCCACUUAUACAAGAAAAACCAUACAAAAAAACACAAUAAAGGAGCAAGGAACAACGUUAAAUAUGCCCCUCGUCUGCCACAUUAAUCCGAAGGAGCAGAGGAGCAACUAAGAGCGAGUAUCCAGCGUAAGCGAGUGACACAGGAGGAGGAUCCACAGGAACCAGUCAGCCAGCUGAGCAGCCUCAGCAUCUCCGUAAUAAUCGCAAGGAGCAGAACACUGUUGCCAUGGGUCGCAAGAAAAUUCAAAUAUCACGCAUCACCGACGAACGCAAUCGGCAGGUGACCUUCAACAAGCGCAAGUUCGGCGUCAUGAAGAAGGCCUACGAGCUGUCCGUGCUCUGCGACUGUGAGAUCGCUUUGAUCAUCUUCUCGUCAAGCAACAAGCUCUACCAGUAUGCCAGCACCGACAUGGACCGCGUCCUGCUCAAGUACACCGAGUACAACGAGCCCCACGAGUCCCUCACCAACAAGAACAUCAUUGAGAAGGAGAACAAGAACGGCGUCAUGUCGCCGGACUCACCUGAAGCCGAAACGGACUACACACUGACACCGCGAACGGAGGCCAAGUACAACAAGAUCGACGAGGAGUUCCAGAACAUGAUGCAGCGCAAUCAGAUGGCCAUCGGCGGAGCGGGAGCGCCCCGCCAGCUGCCAAAUAGCAGCUAUACGCUGCCCGUCUCCGUCCCCGUGCCGGGCUCCUAUGGCGAUAAUCUGCUGCAGGCCAGCCCCCAGAUGUCGCACACCAUCAGCCCACGUCCAUCGAGUUCGGAGACGGAUUCAGGUGGGAUGUCCCUGAUAAUCUAUCCAUCGGGUUCCAUGCUGGAGAUGUCGAACGGCUAUCCGCAUUCACACUCGCCGCUUGUGGGAUCACCGAGUCCGGGUCCCAGUCCUGGCAUAGCCCACCACUUGUCCAUCAAGCAGCAGUCGCCGGGCAGCCAGAAUGGACGAGCUUCCAACCUGCGGGUCGUCAUACCGCCGACCAUUGCUCCCCUACAGACUAAUAUGUCCGCGCCCGACGACGUCGCCUAUGCAGAUCAACGGCAGAGCCAGGCAUCGCUGAACACGCCCGUGGUCACGCUGCAGACGCCGAUACCCGCCCUUACGAGCUACUCCUUCGGGGCGCAGGACUUCUCCUCCUCAGGGGUCAUGGGCAGCGCGGACAUCAUGAGCCUGAACAACUGGCAUCAGGGCCUGGUGCCGCACUCUAGUCUCUCGCACUUGGCUGUCUCGAAUAGCACGCCGCCGCCCGCCACCUCACCCGUCUCCAUUAAGGUGAAGGCGGAGCCGCAGUCGCCGCCGCGCGAUCUCUCCUCCAGUGGCCAUCAGCAGAACAGUAACGGCUCCACGGGCAGCGGCGGCUCCAGCAGCAGCACCAGCAGCAAUGCCUCGGCCAGCGGUGGAGGAGGAGGUGGCAAUUCGGCGGCCGCCAAUGUCAUAACGCACUUGAACAAUGUCAGUGUCCUAGCAGGAGGUCCCUCCGGACCAGGGGGAGGAGGAGGCGGAGGAUCUGGUGGCAGCAAUGGCAACGUGGAGCAGGCCACCAACCUGAGCGUGCUGAGCCACGCGCAGCAGCAGCACCUGGUCAUGCCCAACUCGCGGCCCUCGUCGACGGGCCACAUCACACCCACACCAGGGCAUGAUAAGUAUGAAGGAUAUCCGUACCGCGCGCUAAUGGGACAUAAUCCUAGAUGGAAUUUUGCCGGUGCGCCGAGCAGCGACCAGGAUGUGCGUCUCGCCGCAGUGGCCGUGCAGCAGCAGCAGCAACAGCAGCAACACCAGCAGCAGCAGCAACAGCAGAUGGGCGACUACGAUGCACCCAACCACAAACGGCCGAGAAUAUCGGGCGGAUGGGGCACAUAGCCGGCACGUGGUGUCGGCACCACCAGCCACUAUAAGCCACAUCACAACAACAACAACCACACCAGCUGCAGCGCCACCACCAGCAGCAACUCCAUCAGUAGCAGCAGCAGCAGCAGCGGCAAUAAGAAGCCAGCGGACUGCGAUGACCUGGUCAUGAUGCCGCCACCGCCGCGCAAGGAGCUGCUGCAUUCGCGUAGCAGCAGCUCCUAUGGCCUCCUGCAGGCUACGGGCUACGACUGUUACGGCCAGCAGCUGGCCGUGGCCUACGGGUCACAGCAACACCCGUAGCAACCGAUCCCAAACCCACACCAGUGCAAUAGUUUCGAGGGGAGUUAGCUGGGAGGAGCAGGAGGAGGCCGAGACAGGGGGGGAGCUUUGUUUUGUUUUCGGUUUAAGCGAACAGUGACAGUGUCAUAUCUAUAGUUAUUGUAACUUAAAUGAAUUACGAUUACACACACACACACACCUACGGUAAUAGUUAUAAUUUUAAAUUAUAAAUGCAAAGGCAAGUCCUGCGGCGAAUCAUUCGGGACACUGAGGAGCUUGCAUUAAGUUGUUUAGAGUGUUGAGCUGAUUUAGUUUAGUUACAAUUACAAGUACGGUUAAAGUUUAAUGUUAAAUCUAAUCUUAGGGCAAACAACAACAAAAAAAGCUACAGACAAAAAGGAAAACAAAAAACAAAACAAGUUUAAUGAGAACGAUAAGAAAGAGCUCUUUAUGCUGUAAAUAUUUGAUUUUAGUGUCAUAAGUUUUAAACUUAGUGCGUAAGGCAUUACGGAGAUACGUAAACCAAGCAAGUCGACUAUGAAAUUGAGAAAUUCUAAGCAAGCAUAAACACACGCAAAAUGUACUCAGUGUUCGAACAUCAUUUUUUGUAAUUUCGUGCAAUUUUUAUCGUAGAAAUAACCCAGUCCCUGUCCCUUCCUUCUUACGCAUGCAAGUACAUACAUAUAUAUACACUUUAUGAUUAUGUUUUAGCUUUGAUUUAAGCAAUUAUUAUUUAAUAUUAGACAACACACACCUUCUUCUCUUCAUCUCUUAAGCGAAACGAAGUCAUAAUUUGUAAUUUACGUUUAAAGUGGAUUUCUAUUCAAUUUGAAAAGUGCUUCAAAUUCUAUUGUGCCUAAGUUCUUUUGUAUUUUUUACAAUUAUCUUAAAAUGCAGUUUGUAAAACAACAACAACAACUCAACAAAAAUAUAAUUUAA